AAUACUUUGAAAGCAGGAAAUGAAAAAUAUAUUUCUCUUUUAAUUGCUAUUUUAUUGAAUGUGAGCAAUUCUUUUUGAAUCAACAGGUUUUUGAGUUCUGGAAGUUCUGCAACUCCUUAGCAUGAAAUUAACUGUACACAAGAAAAGAGACUACGAUAUCCAAUCAAUCAGAUGAUCACCUGAAGCCCCUUUAUACAAGCAUAUACCUUGGGAUUAAGAUGGAUGAUCUUACGAGCCUGACUGGACCUGGACCAGGGUCUACUUGCUCCAGUAGUGCUGCUAGUACCCCUACACAUUCUAGUAUUCCUGCAUCAGACACUCUCAGUACCAUCAGUGAUACAUCUUCACAGGUGACAAGCAUCUCUGAAAUUUCUGUUGAGGCAUUACCCGAAGUGACAGAGACAAAGCUUCCAUGGGGCGCAACUCGUGAAAAGAUAGACUUUCCAGCAUCAGUGGCAAUUGACGGUUAUGCCAAACCAGGAGAAUUUGUCCUCAGGACGUUAUUUGCUGAAUUUACUGUCCUGGCAGAGAAAAAGUUGGAACAAAUUAUGGCGGAACCACUCGAGCGCCCUCUAUCCAAGUCCCUUCAACGAGAGGUAGAUCCACAGUUUGAUCAGCUAUUGACAUCACUGAGCUGUGUAGCGGAACACUGUCUGCCAUCUUUAUUGAGGACGUUAUUUGCAUGGUAUGAGCUCCAGACCCCUUCGGAGGCCUCAUCACCACAGAAAAAAUCUAAAAAUAAAGUUGAGAAAGACUACCUCCAGGAAAGGCGUGAUUUGGGGAUAGACUUCAUGCUGUGUCUCGUCCUCAUAGAGGUUUUGAAGCAGCUGCCCUAUCAUCCUGGCCAUGAGGACCUUAGCAACCGCAUCACAGUCAUGGCAUUCAAACAUUUCAAAUACAAGGAAGGGAGUCAGAAUGGUCCAAGUGCUGUGAAUAUUAACAUUAUAGCUGACCUCUAUGCUGAAGUGAUUGGCGUCCUUGCACAGUCCAGGUUUCAUGUAGUGAGGAAGAGGUUCCUGACUGAGAUCAAAGAGUUGAGGUACAGAGACCAGACACCAUACACAACACACAGCAUCAUCAGCCUCUUGAUGGGGAUGAAGUUCUUCAGAGUGAAGAUGCACCCAAUAGAAAGCUUUGAGGCCUGUGUUCAAUUCCUGCAAGAGUGCGCCACCUACUUCCUGGAGGUUAAGGACAAGGACAUAAAACACGCUCUUGCUGGCUUGUUUGUAGAGAUACUGCUACCAGUUGCUGCUGUUGUAAAGAUGGAAGUUAAUGUCCCAGUUUUGAAGAACUUUGUUGACAUGCUCUACCCGACAACCAUCGACAUGGCAACCAGGAGGAAACAUUGUUUGGCACUGUACCCUAUGGUAACAUGUCUUCUAUGUGUGAGUCAGAAAACAUUCUUUCUUAACAACUGGCCAUACUUCCUGACGAUGUGCCUCUCUCAGCUCAGGAAUAAAGACACCAAGAUGUCCAGGGUUGCCUUGGAAUCGCUGUAUAGACUUUUGUGGGUGUAUAUGAUAAGGAUCAAGUGCGAAAGCAACAGUGCCACACAGUCACGUCUCCAGAGCAUCGUCAAUAGCCUCUUUCCCAAGGGGUCAAAGGUCAUCAUGCCCCGUGACAUGCCAUUGAACAUUUUCGUGAAAAUCAUCCAGUUUAUAGCGCAGGAGAGACUUGACUUUGCUAUGAGGGAGAUUGUGUUUGAUCUUCUGUGUGUGGGGAGGCAGAUAAGAGCUAAUUUAACACCUGAGAGGAUGAGUGUAGGACUACGUUCCUUCUUGGUAGUGGCGGACAGCCUUCAGCAGAAAGAUGGGGAGCCCCCUAUGCCCCAAUCUAUUGGCUCUCUCCCCUCAGGAUCGACUGUACGCGUCAAGAAGGUCUUCCUUAGCAAAAUCCUAACAUCCCAGGCAGCCAAGGAGAUCGGAAUAGCGCCAUAUUUGCCACAUGUGAGAAAAGCAUUUGAUUCGAUACUAAGAGCCCUUGAUUUACAAGUUGGGCGCCCCAUGUUGGUGAACAAGACGGAGAAUAUGAAUAAAGAACCAGAUGAGCUUAUCACGGGUGAGAGGAAACCUAAGACAGAUCUGUUUCGUACAUGUGUUGCAGCAAUUCCUCGUGUUAUUCCCGAUGGCAUGUCACGUCUUGAACUAGUAGAUCUCCUCUCUAGGCUUACUCUACACAUGGAUGAAGAACUCAAGGGACUUGCGUUACAAGCACUGCAGAAUCUUGUCGUAGAUUUCUCUGACUGGAGGGAUGAUGUCAUCCAUGGGUUUAUUCAGUUUAUAAUGAAAGAGAUAGGAGACACAAUGCCUCAACUGUUAGACAACUCACUCAAGAUUCUGCUUCAGUUCUUACAGCAGUGGAAGACGUCAGCCAUCAAUACAUCUGAUAAGGACCAACAUGGUGAUGUUCAAGAGCUAAGUGCCCAUAGACUUCCCUUUGAUAAAAGUACCCAUGCUAAUGUACUCAAUGAGGUGGAGGGAUUCGCCCUCGUGAUGCUAUGUAACUGCCGACCUUUGACCCGUAAGCUAGCGGUGCUACUUAUGAAAGAAGUUCGGAAUCUUUUCAAUGUGAUUGGUGUCUCAAAAGUGGAUGACCCCCUCGUCAUAGAUGUACUAGACAGAGCCUGCCCCAGUAUUCUAGAGGGAAUCCAAGAUAAACUACCAGCUCAUGAAAAAUCUUCUUUGAUGACAUCACUGACUCACAUCGAUCUCUCGUGGCUCGCAGAUAGAACAACUUCAUUCUGGGUUUCUGGCUACCAUGACAACCAGGAGAACUCUCAUGGUGGGAUCCAUAUAAGGAGUGUUGGAUCUUUUGAUCCUUGGAUUGAGUGUUUGAGUGGAUUCCUGAGUAUGGAUCAUGCUCUCGGGCAUUGUCACACUGCUGUAUCUAAUGCAUGGGCCUGCGUCUACCCAAGACUUACAGAAUUGUUUGCCUAUGUUGAUCCCAACAAUGCUACUAGUGAAACCCGUGCAUCGUUUCUCAGAUCGGGAAGUAAAAAGAUCACAUCAGAAAGAGACCAGUACAUCAACUUAUGGCACAAUUACGUCGUCUUUGCAUGCUGCAUAGCGCCAUCUAGUGUCAACUUUAGUACGAGGUCGUCAUCACCAGAACUUUUGAGUUCAUCCCCUGAGAGUUCAAGCUCGGAGAGGUCAGAGGUGAAGACCCCCAACCCUCCAGUGUCAUUCAAUGCUAGCAACCUGUUCAAGCAGAUCACACAGCACAUCAGGUGUGAAACAACAGACAUGAGAGACAGUGUGGUUGAUGCGCUCAGUAGGAUCAAUCCAGAGUCUUUCAGAGAUCUAGUAGAUGAGCUUAUACAGUACAUCAAAGAGGCUAUAGACAAGAAGCAGGAGAACAUGAGGCGUAGGAGACGUAGAGAUGUCUUAAGAGUGCAGUUAGCUAGGAUCUUUCAUGGUAUAGCAGCUAGGGGAUCAUUUGCACAUAGGAAUGCUGGAGUGAUAAACCCAGAGACAUUUAAGCUGACAUCUACAUUUGUUGAUUAUAUACAAGGAGCGACAUCUUUUCUUGAGAAUGAAGGGGAAAGAGAUUUACCAAUCUUACAAGAGAUUCGCUUACAUUUUAGUGCCUUCAUACGUAACCUUAUUAGAAAUACUCCAGUUGAGAACCGUGGCAAGCUCCUCUCUAGAGAUCUGAGGUAUAGUUUGUUCUACUUGUUUGGUAGCUGGAGUGGACAGUACACAGUCUCCAAUACAUUUGGGAGUCUCAAUAGAAGGAAUGAAAAGGAAGAAAGCUGUACAGAGCUAGAAUUAUCAGCCCUACAGGCCAUGUCUGCAGUACUGUGUUGUGGCCCUACAUUUGACCCGACAGGCCUAAGUGAAGAUGGUUAUUGCUAUAAUUGGCUGGAUACAUUGCUUUCUACACAAGACUCAAAGAUCUGUAACCUGGCAGUCGAGACACUGACUUUACUCCUUGACUACAACCCGAAUGAACAGUGCCUGUUGGACUGGGUUAUCGAUUGCUGUUAUACAGGAAGCAGCUCUGUGGCUGAUGGCUGCUUUAAUGCACUCGCCACUGUCUUUAAUAAUAGGGAAUACCCUUGUGACCAUGUAGCCAUGUUAAAUGUGACACUUCUGAACUGUGGAUGUGCGAGGACAUCUAUACACAAGACAGCAGUUGAACUGCUUCAGCUUUUAGAUAAGAGAUUCUUCCUAGAUGAGCUGGUCAUUGUUGACUCUAGCCAAGGUCCAGAUGUAAAACCUGAUGAUAAGAGACAAUGUAAGAUGGCGCUGUGUGCCUCAUACUCCCACACACAACUCUACCUCUCUGAGCAGUUGUCUAGGUUACACCCAGAGCUAACAGUUCCCAUAUGGUCAGAAAUCAGCCUGAGAUUUCAAACAGCACGUCCAGCCAUUAGAUCAAUCAUGCUUCACUACUUGUUGCCAUGGUUACACAACAUGGAGUUAGUUGACCCUAAUCUCCCUGGCAAUCCACUCUCCAAUUUCCUGAGUAAGAUGGCUGAUGCCCAGCAUGACUAUCUAAAACCUCCACUGAAGGGAGAAGGUUGGGGUUCAACACAGGCCACUGAGAUGGUCUUGAAUAACCUCUUCUAUAUGACUACUAAGUUCGGAGACGACCACAACAAGGAGCUGAGUGUCAUCUGGUCUGCGCUGGUUGACUGCUGGUCGAAUAAUCUGAAGAUUAUAGUCAGAUACCUCAUCAUCGUAGCAGGAAUGGCCCCAACAGAGCUUCUACCAUAUGCAAAGAGAGUGAUUGUGUACCUGGCCAACUCUAAACCUGAUAAGCUCAUAGAUGACAUCAUGAAUGAGUUACAGACUGUAGAGUCUCUCACAUACAAUGUUGAGCGUACCCAGACCCCACCCUUCUAUAGGCUUACAACAAUCAAGAAGGCCAUGACUUCACCAGAAGUUCAGAAGCGCAAUGGACAUCCUUGUAAUGAAGAGGUCCUUGAAAAGGGGGUGCUGCACACUAAACGGCACAGCACUGAUGAAAAAGAGGAUACGUCAAGGACAAACUCAGCUGCCAGUUUAAGAAGCUUAUGCAGCACAACAAGUACAAGUAGUGCCAAAAAUGAUGUCACAACUAAAAUACAUGACAUCACACCAGAAGAUGACAUCAUCCCCAUGACUAUUGUGAAUGUAACAUCAAGACCAGGGAUUGAGAGGCUCCGGAGUGAGUCCCCAGUGCCGUACCCUUUACCAAUGCCAGCAUAUGGCGGGUAUUUUGCCCCACUCUCUGAAUUCUUGCCUGAUAAAAUGGAACCAAAUCAGGGAUUUAAUAGAUGUAACCUUGCUGUGAUGUUACUGACCGACCUGGUGGUUGAUGGAUUAGAUGUUGAUUGGACAGCACAUUUACCUUUGAUGUUACAUGUCAUAUUCCUUGGAAUGGAUAACCCUAAGUCCCUGGUCCAUGAACAUUGCAAGACCCUCCUACUCAACUUACUUCUAGUUCUUGCUCGUCAUGGUGACGAUCAGAUUGAGCUGACCAAGGUGCUGCUAAGCAACAGGAAUAUAAAUAAUGAAUGCUCCCUGACUUGCCCUACUGACUAUGUGAAAGAAUUUACAUUUAUUGAAUCUCCAGAAAAGAAAACAGAGUCCCAACUUCAGGCAGGUCCUGUUGGCCAAUCAACAUUCAGCGUUAAUUCUGCCCUUACCAUAACACCAGAGAAUGGUAUAGAGCUCGUAAAUGUUGACAGGUUACACAACACUGAGGAGGUCUGCAAGGCCCUCAUAGAGUUCCUGUCUUCAAGGAAAAACCGUCCCUUGUGGAACUAUGAAGAUAUCACAUCAAAGAUGUUGACAAUAAAGAGUGCAGACCAGUUGGAGCAUUUUAUAGGUUAUGUACUGAAUAUAUUCAAAGAAUCGCAACCCAUGGCCCACCUAGAGCAGAGAUGGACUCAGAUAGCUUUGCAGCUUGCUUUGGCUUGUUCGUCCAGACAUUACGCUGGUCGAUCAUUUCAGGUUUUCCGAGCAUUACGUGUACCCAUCACAUCACGCAUGUUGUCAGACAUUCUCUCCCGAUUGGUUGAAACAGUUUCGGAGCCUGGAGAAGACAUGCAGGGGUAUGUCACGGAGAUAAUGCUGACAUUAGAAUCAGCAGUUGAUGUCUUGGAUUUGGGGUUCCGACCAAUGGACUUCAUGAAAGAACUGUUUAUGUCAACUCCCAACCUGACCAAGGAGCCUCGUUCUGAGAUGAAAAAGAGCGCCACAGUUGUACUCAGGACGUCACCGCCGCAUCACAUGAGGAGCACAAGUUAUAACUUUUCUGGAGUCAUAAAUCGAAAAUCUGAUGUUCCAGGAGCUGAAGGAAAGGGUGACGCCAGACUCGGAGAUGCCAGGCAACGUACUUCCUUAGAGCUUGACACUCGUAAGCAAUACACAAACCUCUCCCGUUCUAGGAGCGCUCAAUCAUUGAAAAACCUGACAGACCCUGGGGCACAGGAUGAUAAACUCACCAUUCUGUCUCAGAUGUUCUGGGUAGCAGUCUCGCUACUAGAGAGUGAUUAUGAAUAUGAGUUUGUCCUAGCUAUAAGGUUGCUGGAAAAGAUCAUCAGGAACAUUCAACUUGACAGGCCUGACUGUAGGGAGAAGUUAGACAAGAUCUUACAACAGAUCAAUUGGCCAAAUUUCCCUGGGGUACAGGCAUUACUUCUAAAGGGUUGCACAUCUUCAGUGACUUCCGAACCCACAUGGAACAUACUUUCCCAAUUAACAUUGGCCAUCAAUGCACCAGUAGUUGACCCCACACAGGCUUUAGGUUUUCCCAUGAAUGUAAUAGCACUGUUGCCAUUGAUGGUAGAACACUAUGAGGAUCCUCCUACUAGUUGUAGAGAAGCUGCAGAUAGAAUCUCACAGAUCUGCAUAGAACAGUCUAAGAAACUUGACAACUUGGCAACAGUUAUGACCUUAUACAGUAGAGGUACUUUCGGAAAAGACAGUUUCCAGUGGACCAAAUGUGUUGUAAAGUAUCUCCAUGAUGUCUACGCCACGUUGAGUGUCAACUUUAUAUCCCUUCUUGUCGAGGUGUUGGAGAAAGGGCCUACAUGCACCCAACCUGCUGUGCUUCAGAUCCUUCAUUGUCUAGUCCACUAUGUUGACCUCCAGGUGACCUCAUCUGUCACUGUCAAUAAUGACCUGCUCAGAGUGGUAGCAAAAUAUGUUGAGGGGCCACAUUAUAAAGAAGCUCUAAAGAUACUGAAGUUGGUAGUUGCGAGGUCUUCCUCUCUCACUGCGCCUCCUCCCUCCACAAGGGCUGCCAGUAUAUCAAUGAAUGAUCUAAGCAGCCUAUCCUCCCACACGUCAUUUGCAGAAGCUGAGAUCUCUAUCAAGAAAGAACUCCCAGGGAGGACGUUAGAUUUCUCCUAUGAUCUAUCGCAGACACAGGUGAUUGGUCGAAAAUACAGUCCAACCAUAGAAUCAAACCUCACCUCCAAUAAAGAAGAGCUAGAGUCACGUGAGAGUGGUGUCGAGGCAGCGAAUAGUGAUGGGUCCUCUGGAAGUCAUUAUGGUGUACAGGACGCUGUAGUUGGAGGAUGGAAGAAACCACAUUAUGGACAGGGGAGGACGCGUGACAGACUUGUGAAUCUACUGACAUGCUAUGGCCAGCGUGUUGGCCUACCUAAGUCACCAUCUGUUAUAUUCAGUCAGAGUAGUGAUACUAUAGAGAGACAACCCAGUAUGUCAGCUAGCAGUGAGGAGGCCUCUCUUGUAGAAGGAAUACCAGGUGACAUGAAGCUAGAAGACAGCAAUAGCAGUGAGCAACAGUUCAGACUUUUCAAGGAGUUUGACUUUUUGGAUAUUGAACUUGAAGAAGGAGAGGGUGAGAAUGCUGCAGCAUGGGGUCUGAAACGCCAGUCUCUCACCAGUCUAGACUCUGAGGAAUCACAAAUGAGGCAGUCACAGAGUCUAAAUACUCUAGUCAAGGAGGAGUCAUCGGAUGAUGAGGUGAGGAGCAUGUCACCUGUUGAUGAGCUAGUGUUAACACAAGACCUCAGUAGUAGCGGAUCUAUCCUAAUGCAGACAAGUUUAAGUCUAGAUAGGCGUAGGAGGCAUUCUAGUCCAAUGACAGGCUCAUCACAUAGUGUCCAGAGUCUUGGCAGUGAGGCUGAGUUCACGGAUCUGUCACCUAGCAAUGCAUCACCGAGUUAUUCCAAUAUGGCCACUGCAUUUUUGAACCUUCAAAGCGAAGAUAUUGAAGAUCAAUGGCGCGAUCAUGUUGCGAAUAUAAUGAGAGAUAGCAAUGGGAUUUAUGCAGAGAACACAUUCAGCCUCUUUACUAAGUUAUUCAAGGACACCAAGAGGAAGCUGGGGACUCUCACCAAGGAGGCGUGUUACUUCCUUUCCAAGACAAAAGCACUUGGCACCAUCACACGCCAGCUAUUGGACAUGUUAGAGCUGCUAGUCACACAGGCAGAGUGUCCCUUUGUGUAUGCAGAUACUGAAGCACUUACGUCUUGCCAGAUCCUCAGAGAUCACAAAUUUGCAGUCCUUGAGAUCAAUGAGUCUUACGAUACCUACCUGAUGAGAAAAGACCAAGCAAUGGACUGUCUGGAGAAUAUAAAGUCAUCCGUAAAAUCUCAAUCCCUCGGCCAGAAUGUCAGCAAUUUCUGCGGAGAAGAACAGAAAAUUGAGCAGUGUAGAUGCCUAUAUAAGCUGCAGUUUCAACUGUUGCUACUGUUCGAGUCAUUUGCUAAACUUGUGAAACUGCUAGAGGUCACAGCCAAACCAGAUCAGAUAACAGAUCUCUCGUCAGAUGUGACAAUGUUGAGUUUAGAGCUCCAGCGCCACUUAUCUGAAUCUGAUGGUGAGGCAUCGCCCGUGAUGGUUGACAUCAGCGCAUUGUCCAAAAAGGAGGCAGAGCUGCAAGUGUUUGAGUACAUUGAGAAUAGACAACUUGGCAAAGUCAUCCAGAUUGUACACACUUUGAGAUCAAUGUGGCCCUCAGAUAUAUUUGGAAGAACAAGUGAAGAUGACACAGAGGCCUUACUUACUAUAUAUUGUAAACACAUGGCUGAGAGAAAACCUGGUAUAGUUGCAAUCACAAGGCCUGAGUUAUCUUUGACGGACAUUAUAAGCCGUCUUAUGGAAGUGAACGUGCAGAUCUCUUCUUCAAUCAGAACUCUUGAUGAGUCAGCUAAAAUUGACCGUGAAGUAAUAAUGAAGUUACCAGAAUCCAGUGUUUUAUGAUUACAUUUACAAAUCAAGGGUGUGGCCAGGGUAUAAAUAUAGUUGAGGCAAAUUCAAAUUGGCGAGGCAAAGAGGCAAUUUUGAGGUUAAAUGGGAAGUAAUACUAGCAUAAGAUUUCAUUUUCAUGGUUUCAAUUAAAAAAUAUCUGAAUUCAUAUUUUUCUGUAAAGUUUUGUUUCACCUGCCUAAUGACUGGCUACAUCCGUGCAUAUGUUUCUGUAAAUGUCAUCUAAUUACUGAAUAUGCUAGUCAUGGUUAUGGGUAAUAAAUGCUCAUAAAUGAAUAUUAAAAUGGAUUAGAAUAAACAGUUUUGAAGACU